CGAAGAGCAGCAGCAGCCAUAGCCAUGGAUUCACUCCUUUCUUCCACACCACUCCAAUUCCAGUUCCAAUUCUCCUGCAAAUUCCCGACAACCAAAGCGUUCGUCGCCAAAUCCCAACCUCAAUCCCUCCGAACCUCCCCACCAACAACGCUCAGACUAUUCGCCACUUCGCAGGCCGAAGCCUCACCCACUGUCGGAACGUCGUCUUCCUCCAUACCCUCGGAAAUGAAGGCCUGGACUUACUCCGACUACGGAGGUCCCGAAGUCCUAAAAUUAGAUUCCAAUUUCGCCGUCCCUCCCCUCAACGACGACCAGGUUUUGAUCAGAGUCGCCGCCGCCGCUCUCAACCCCGUCGAUUCCAAACGCAGAUCCGGCAAAUUUAAAGCCACAGAUUCCCCUCUUCCGACUGUUCCUGGGUACGACGUUGCCGGCGUGGUGGUUAAGGUUGGAGCAGAGGUGAAGAGCUUUAAGGAAGGAGACGAGGUUUAUGGAUUCAUAAGCUCUCAUCCAUUGGAAGGUCCAAAGCAAUUUGGUUCUCUUGCAGAAUUCACAGCUGUCGAGGAGACAUUGUUGGCUCCGAAGCCUAAAAACCUCGAUUUUGCGGCGGCGGCGGGACUUCCUCUCGCCGUCGAAACCGCCUACGAAGGCCUCGAAAGGGCCGGAUUUUCGGAGGGAAAAUCGAUACUUGUUCUAGGAGGAGCUGGCGGCGUCGGAUCGCUUGUGGUUCAGCUUGCAAAGCAAGUGUUUGGGGCGUCAAAAGUAGCUGCUACAUCGAGCGCGCCGAAGGUGGAGUUUUUAAAGAGUUUGGGGGUCGAUUUGGCGAUCGAUUACACUAAGGAGAACUUCGAAGACUUGCCGGAGAAAUUCGAUGUUGUCUUCGACGCAGUUGGGCAAGGCGACAAGGCAGUGAAGGUGGUGAAAGAAGGAGGCAGCGUGGUGGUCCUAACGGGUGCUGUGACGCCGCCGGGGUUCAGAUUUGUUGUCACUUCGAACGCCGAAACCUUAAAGAAAUUGAAUCCUUAUUUGGAGAGCGGGAAGGUGAAGCCCGUGGUCGAUCCCAAGGGCCCGUUUCCUUUCGAUAAGGUUAGCGAAGCUUUUGCAUACCUUGAAACGAGUCGAGCUACUGGAAAGAUCGUAAUAUGUCCGAUCCCGUGAUCGGAUGGCAUAUAUGUUCUUAUGUAUGUAUGAUUCGAACAACAACGAUGUUUUAUUAUUUUCGGACACAAUUUGUUGGGGUGUAUCUUGACGACUACUAGAGUUAUCCAUCGUAGGUUUUUAUUUUU